AUGGCCGACGACAUCACCGCUGUACCACGCCAGCAGGACUCCGGCCCAGCUGGAUCAAGCUCGUACGACGACCAUCUCAACCAUAAACUCGCGGAAACGGAACAGAAGCUCGAUUUGCGCGACGAUUCCAACAUCCAGAACAACAAGUUUGCGUUUACUCCGACGCAGCUGCACAAGCUGGUCACUGCGAGAAGCCUAUCAGCAUUACGGGCCUUCGGAGGCCUUCCAGGAUUGGCAAUCGGUCUGCGGACAGACACCUCUGCUGGACUGAGCGUCGACGAGACAUCACUCGAUGGUACAAUCUCUUUCAACGAGGCGGUAGCGGCCGGCGAAGCUCAUCGGUCUGCUGAGAUCACACCGCUGCCGCCCACAUCGACACACGAACACGGAUUCAAAAUCGACCUCGACCUCGGCCAACAUGAAGCCCAAGGCUUCACCGACCGCAAGCGCAUCUUCGGCGAAAAUCGACUUCCCAGACGCAAACAGAAGUCCUUCUUGAGACUGGCAUGGAUCGCAUUCAACGACAAGCUCAUGUUCCUCCUCACUCUCUCGGCCACCAUCUCAUUAGCCCUCGGCAUUUACGAAACAGUUGAUGCACCUCCAGGCGAGCCUAACAUCCAAUGGGUCGAUGGUGUGACCGUGGUCGUCGCAAUUCUGGUUAUCGUCUUUGCGAGCGCUGCCACCGACUGGCAAAAGAACCACAGGUUCGCGAAGCUCAACGAGAGAAAGGAACAAAGAGACGUCAAGGUCAUUCGGUCGGGCAAGACCCAGAACAUAUCGGUAUAUGAGGUGCUGGUGGGAGACAUCAUGCACAUCGAGACUGGCGACGUCGUUGCUGUCGAUGGUGUGCUGGUCCGCGGUUCUGGUAUACAAGUCGACGAGUCUACGAUCUCUGGCGAGUCUGGACUGGUGCACAAGAGUGUUCCCAGCGAUAGUGAUGUCCGCAACAAGACGGUUCACCGUUCUUCAGCGACUGAUCCCUUCAUCCUCAGUGGCACCACAGUCUCCGGCGGCGUUGGUGAGUACCUGGUCACCUCCGUGGGAACCAACUCGACGUAUGGCAGGACUCUGAUGUCUCUGCGGGAGGAUGUGGAGGAGACUCCGCUCCAGCAGAAGUUGGGUAAGCUGGCCAAGCAACUCAUCACCUUUGGCGCCAUUGCUGGCAUCAUCUUCUUUCUCAUCUUGUUCAUCCGCUUUCUGGUCGGACUGUCUAACAUGACUGCGAGUCCCUCCGAGAAGGCCGAGACCUUCUUCAAGCUGCUCAUCCUCGCCGUCACAGUGGUCGUGAUUACCGUGCCGGAAGGUCUUGCUCUCGCAGUGACGCUUGCUCUUGCCUUUGCCACCACUAGAAUGUUGAAGGAUAAGAACCUCGUUCGCCUCAUUCGUUCCUGUGAGAUUAUGGGCAACGCCACGUGUAUCUGCUCCGACAAGACGGGGACGUUGACUCAGAACAGUAUGACGGUUGUAGCAGGUCGCAUUGGUAUCUCUGAUCGCUUUGGAGACGCGCCUAAAGCUGCAACGCCAGUUGAGGAUGCGGACAAGGGCACCAUCAGCGAUUCCGGAGCGAGUGACGAUAACCCCAGAGGACUACUCGAGUCGCUUGCCGAGGACGUCAGAAUACUGAUGAAGAACAGCGUGUCCAUAAACUCAACCGCCUUCGAGAGCGAUGACCCUAAAGGCCCAGAAUUCGUGGGAACAAGUACCGAGACGGCGUUGCUGAGGUUCGGACGCGAGUUUCUUGCUCUGGGACCUCUCAACGAAGAGCGAGACAACAACCCGACCGUUGAAAUGCUGCCCUUCGACGCAUCCCGCAAGUGGAUGGCUGUCAUCACCAAGCUCUCCGAAAACAAGUACAGGCUACUCGUCAAAGGUGCCGCCGAGGUGGUCUUCGACCAAUGCUCCAGCAUCAUCAAGGAUCCCAAAACAGGACUCGCAGUCCACGCGAUGAAGACCGAAACCCAAGAAGAUAUCCGAUCAACAAUCCGACACUAUGCAGGACAGAUGCUUCGGCCGAUAGUCAUCGCCUAUAAGGAUAUCGAUGCCUCCGAGGCGUUCGAGAACCCCGACGACCCCGACUCCGUCAAGUUUGAGAAGAACUUUAGGGAUAUGACUUUCAUCGGCGUCUUCGGCAUCCGCGAUCCCUUGCGGCCGGAAGUCCUCGAUUCUGUACGCCAGUGCCAGGAGGCCGGUGUCUUCGUGCGCAUGGUCACAGGUGAUAACUUCCUCACCGCGAAAGCUAUUGCCAAGGAAUGCGGAAUCUACGGCGCCGGAGGCCUCGCGAUGGAUGGACCGACCUUCCGGAAGCUCACGCCCGCUCAACUGGAUCUGGUUAUCCCUCGACUUCAGGUUCUUGCAAGGUCUAGCCCAGAAGACAAGUUGCUUCUCGUCACUCAUCUGAAGGGCAUGGGAGAGACUGUAGCAGUCACCGGCGACGGCACCAACGACGCGCUGGCUCUCAAGGCCGCAGACGUGGGUUUCGCUAUGGGUAUUCAAGGAACGGAGGUUUCGAAAGAGGCUGCGUCUAUCAUUCUCCUAGACGAUAACUUCGCCUCAAUCGUCAAAGCCUUGGUCUGGGGCCGAACUGUCAACAUCGCAGUUAAGAAGUUCUUACAAUUUCAAUUCACCAUUAACAUCACGGCUGGAACCUUGACAGUGGUCUCGGAGUUGGUCGGCGACUCAAUCUUCACGAUCGUUCAGCUUCUCUGGAUCAACCUCAUCAUGGAUAUCUUCGCCUCGCUCGGCUUAGCCACGGACUACCCGUCUCACGAUUUCGUACGACAGAGACCAGAGCCGCGCAACGCGCCCAUCGUCACCAUCACUAUGUGGAAGAUGAUUCUCUGUCAAGCAGUCUAUCAGUUGGCCGUCAUGUUCACAUUGCAUUACGCCGGCGAUGCCCUGUGGAACGACGAUACGAAGUCUCUUCAGACGAUGAUCUUCAACGUCUACGUGUUCAUGCAAUUCUUCAACCAACACAAUUGCCGUCGCGUAGACAACAGACUCAACAUUUGGUAUCAGGGUGUUCUGCGCAACCCGUGGUUCAUCGGAGUCCAGUGUGCCACUCUCGCGGGCCAAAUGAUCAUCAUCUGGAAGGGCGGCCAGGCCUUUGACACGCGUCCCCUCAACGGUCCCCAGUGGGGAUGGUCGAUGCUAUUUGGUGUUCUCGUCAUUCCUCUCGGUGCCCUCAUCAGACAGAUUCCCGACGAGUGGGUGUAUGCCUUCUUCCAGGCGAUCAAGAGAGCUGCCGGACGUACCGUCCUCGGACUCUCCAAGCUUCUGCCCUCCAAAUGGCGCAAGAAGGCAGAGGAGGAAGUGGAGGACAUGGGCGCAGCCCAGAGCUGGGUGCUGCAGACAGGUGCCGCGCUGCUGCGCCCGAUGAACUACGAAUGGGGAAGCACGACGCCGCCCCCGGGUUCUCGCCUCGCGGGACGCGUAUCCAGCAUUCCGGCCGCGCAGCGAGAGGCUCUCGCCCGAGCCGCGAAGGCCGGUACCGGGGACAACGAGAUCGAUGUGCCGCAGCUUAUCGAAAACACGAGACUGCGUUCCGUUGAGCUGACAGUCUUUCACGGCUCGCAGUGCGCCAGACUUCCUCCAAGUAACUCGCCCGUAACCAAUGUCGGUGGCUCCGAUAUCCGGUGCAACGUCGGCGGAGCCAACGGCGUCGGUGCCAAGUGUCCCGUCAAGGCCGGCGGCACAGUCACCGUCGAGAUGCACGCGCAACCCGGCGACCGAAACUGCAAGAACGAAGCCAUCGGCGGCUCCCACUACGGCCCCGUGAUCGUCUACCUCAGCAAGGUCGACAACGCCGCCUCGGCCGAUGGCUCCGCCGGCUGGUUCAAGAUCUUCGAGAACGGCUGGUCCGCCAAGGCCGGCGCGGGAUCCGGUGACGACGACAACUGGGGCGUCAAGGACCUCAACGCCUGCUGCGGCAAGAUGGACGUCCCCAUCAGCAAGGACCUCGCCGACGGCGACUACCUCCUGCGGGCCGAGGCCAUCGCCCUGCACACCGCGGGCUCGUCCGGCGGCGCGCAGUUUUACAUGACUUGCUAUCAGAUAUCGAUACAGGGAGGGACGGGCACGGCGAAGCCUUUGACGUCUUCUUUCCCGGGGCUGUAUAAGGCGAGCGAUCCGGGGAUCUUGGUGAAUAUCCAUAGUAAGCUGUCGGGCUAUGUUGUCCCUGGAGGUGCGGUUGCAUCUAUUGGAACGACGAAGACGGCUGGACAAGGUUGCAGCGGUGGGUGUGCUUCAACUUGUGAUGCUAGCAAGGGGCCUGUUGGGACGGCGAUUCCGGUGACUGGUGGUGGUGGUGGUAGUGGUGGUGGCACAUCGCCCGGAACAGGCAGCCCGCCAUCUUGCACCGUUCCGAAGUACCAGCAAUGUGGUGGACAGGGUUGGACCGGAUGCACUUCCUGUGCGUCCGGCUCAACCUGUCAAGGAGUGUCGGCACCUUACUACUAUCAAUGCGCCUAA